AUGGUGACUGUUAAGUCUUUUUUCAUCCUUCUCGCGCUUGGCGUAGAGUCCUUUGCUGCAUCGAAUCCAACGGCGACUUGCACCAGCAAAUAUGGAACAGUCAGCAUUCCAUCCAACAAGAUUCCACGAGCGACAACAUCUAUCCAGACUAAGGUGACGGUCGUUAGAAAAGUUACUCGCAGAGUCACUGUUAUUGUCAUCCCCAAAGCAAAGACCACAACUCAACAGGUCACGGUCAAGACCACGGUGACGGCAACAGCUAACCCCAAUGUUAAAGUGGCGACUAGCAUAGUCACGGAUGAGCAAACUAGUGUCAUAACACGAAAGUUCACUACGACGCGUAUCGCAACAUCGUUUACCACCACUACCAAGUACACUACGAGUACCAUCCCUGCGUCACCCAGCUUCAAAGCUAUCAAGGAGUUUGGAGGCUACCAGGCGAAGCGAGCCAAGCCAGAUGUUAUAGCUGCUCUCCCCAUGGCUCUCACCAAGUCUCAAUACGUCCAGCGAGUCGACUGUACAAAGCGCAUCCCUUACACCUCGAUCAAGACUACAACAACUACCGUCCAAGGACCUCGAAAGACUCUCGCUCCAAAGACCAGUACCAAGCUUGUCACAACUACUGAAACAGAGACUUCGACAGAGUAUCCGGAUGAGGUCACCAGAACAGUGACUCAAACUGUGUCUCCUACUGUUACUAGUUUUGUUUCAGUCACAGAUACUUCCUCAUCUACUGAGACUGUGACCGUCGAGACUAUUAUCCCUGUUGCAGAGCAAUUCUACGCCGCCUGCGGUGCUAGCAACAUGCUGGUAACAGCCAAUGGCGGACACCCUGUACCUUAUGUCGACAUGAUGAUCGGUUUCGGCGUUGCGGUAGUGGAUGCUGCACAGGGAGAUGCCUACAAGUGCUGUACGACGUGCAUGCAGAACCCUCUUUGUUUACUUUCUUUCCUCUCGGAUUAUGAUGGAGGGUGCACACUUUUGACUUCCCCCACGAAUGUCUGUCCUAAUGGACAAGUUCGCAUUGGUCAGUAUAAGUCGCAGGCAGGCUCUACGUCGACUUAUCACUGGUCAAAUGGUCCCUGUGGGUAUGUUGAGAAUGGUGGAGAAGUGAAUUAA